AUGAAAGAACAUAUAAAUGAGAGUGCUAUUGCAGCCAACACUAAGCCUUACUUUGGUGACAACAAGAAGAAAUCUGGCAAUAAAGGGGAAAAUGAAGAAUCUGUGGGAAGAGGAGGUGAUAUAGUGUUUGGUACAAUUGGAGAGGAGAUAAAGCAAGAGCCCAUUGAACUCAAAGUUGAUGUCAAGAAGGAGAAGAAGAAAAAGACAGAAACAUUUGAAGAUGGAAACGUGAAUGGAGCUGAAGGUGAAGGAGUUGGCUUGCAGAAGGGGGACAAAAAGAAGAAGAAGGAUAGGAAAGAGAAGGAGGUUGAAGAAAGAUUUGGCAAUUUGGUGAAUAAAGGGAGCGAAGCUGACGGGGAUAACAAUAGUAAGCAACUCAAUGUGGAAGUUAAGGAGGAGAUAGACAGAGUAGCUGAAGGUAGUGUGGAGUUGAGUGAUAAUAAGAAGAAGAAGAAGAAAAAAAUGAAGGCUGAGGAAAAGCAGGGAGGUUGA